AACUCCAUCUUCAAUGAUUUGGCCAGGACCUGCUGCCAGUCUGAAGGAGGUAGGGGAAUGUACAAGUCAAAGACCCCUCAGGCCCAGAACCAGGUCAGUGCCAAGGUCACUCCCAAGGACACUGAGAUGAAAACAGCAGAAGAGCCAACCCCGAGCCUUGGGCAGACCCUGGAGUGGCUGAGAAAGGAGCUGUCUGAGAUGCAGAUUCAAGACCAGAGGCUCCUGCUCACACUGAGGCAUCUUCACAGUGUCCUGGAGGAGCUGCGUGCUGACAGCGCCCACUGGGAGGACGCCAGGUCCAGCGGAGGGACAUCCCCCAUCAGAGCUCGAGCGGGCUCUGAAGGCAGGGGCUGCCAGCCUGUUUGUUCAAGGGGUCUGGCCCAGCUCCUGCGAGGGGAAGACAGCAGACGAAGCUCUCUCCCUUAACCAGACAGGGAUGACACUGGGCUUUAACCCUCUCACCAUUAGUCUAACCUUUCACUGUGGUGUUUUAGGGGCAGAGCAUUGGAAUGGGAGCCAGGAAGCCAGAGCUCUAGGUUCACUUCUGCCCUCAUCUGCUGUGCAUCCCUGGAUCUGUCACUCAGCUUCUUUGUGUCUCUGGUUCCUUUUCUGUCACUUGGGAUUUCUUUGUGAGGCACACAUAAGGUACUGGAUAUGAACACUCUGACGGAAAACACAAACAUGCUAUAGUGUUUUGACAAGCACCAUGGCAGUAGUCCUAUCCUUGGGGAUUUCUCAAAAGGCAAUUGUUGAAACAAAAACUACAUGUGCAGUAAUGGUUACCAGGGUGAAAAUUCCAAACCCUGUGUAGUGACUUAGUGGUUGUUUUCUGUCUUCCCAGGAAGCCUUCCCAGCCCCCUUCAUCUGAUAACAUAUUAGGCCCUGUAACCACCCUGGCCAUAGAGAUGGGUAUAUUACCAGGCCUGGCCAAUGAUAUAAUUCAUGAUUGCCCUAAAAAGAUGAUUGGCCCAAUGGGUGAGCAUGUGAACCAACAGAACGAAUCACUGACCUUCCCUGAGAUUGCUAGCUGGACGCUCUUUCUAUUACACUUACAAGGCUGAGGCUGCUGGCGAACAUGUUCCUACCAGGUAAAGAAGACCUGUUUGCAGUAGGAAAGGAUGCUAACCUUCAAAGGGAAGUAGAGAGGGCCACACAACAGAUGGGCAGAGAGGCAGAGCUCUGGCCUCUUUUAGUCCCCAGUUUUAGGCUCUAAUUUUGUGAGUUACCCCUGUCAAUGUCACCCCCCUCAACCCCACAGCCACUUACAUAAAUUUGUUUUUGGUUAAGCUGAUUUGAGCAGAGUUUCACACAUUUGCAGCUAGAAUGGUUCUGAGGAAUACGAUCCAGAUGUUCAAAGAAUCAAAGAGGAUAAAUCAAUAAGAAGAUGGCAUUUCCUUCAAUGAGGGCUUGUGACAACAUCCUCCAUAACAGCAGGCAAUGAUUCUUGUGAUACAGCAGAGACACUCAGUUGUGUGUGUGCUGCAGUCAUAACAGAAAAAUUACAUCUGCCUAUAAGAAAGACUGAAACAGAAAAGGUGAAAAUAAAAAAGUCAUGGUGUUAA